AUGAGUAUUAUAGAUUCGUAUAAUGAUUGUAAUAACACGGCUAAUAUUUACGAUUUUGACGAUGUUAUUAUAAACAGACCUGACCAAUUGAAAAUUGUUGAACAACAAUAUGAUUUAGAACCAUUAUUAUUAUUUUCAUGUCAGAAUAUGUUAAAAACAAUUCGUUGUAUUGAUCCAAAAUCACGUUUAAAUGAAUCUGGUUAUAGUUCGAAAACAGAAUGUAGUAGUCCAGAAAAUAAAACAAAUAGACAAAAUGAUUUAAAUAGAAUGAAAAAUAAUACAAAAAUGGAUCAUUUAAAAGAAAAAAAACCACCGAUACACAAAACCACCUUAUCAUUAUUUGAAAAUUUGAUAUUAGAGGAACAAAGUCUACAACAACAGCAAGAUCAACAACGAAUAUUACCUAAACUAUCGUCCAAUGAUGGACGAAAAAAUGAUAUUGAUAAAUAUACUAGUAAAGAAGUUCAACGGUUGUCACCAAUUAAUGAUGAAUCAUCUAAUUUAGCUACUAACUAUUCAUCGAAUAAUAAAGAUUUAAUAACUCAUCAAUGUUUUCCAACACUAAUUCCGUCCAAUAAUGACAAUUCGUCUUCUUCAUUACUCACUCAUAACUCUAAAGUAUUAUCACCCAAAACCGUACGACGCCAUUGUCAUGUGUAUGAUGAAUGGACACGUUUAAGUUUUUAUGAUAAUGUCGAAACAGUACCACAGCUAAUAACGUCAUUGCCAAAUAACGAACCUUUGAUUAUUGAAGUAGAUCAGAUAACGACCACCAAUACAUCUACUUCAUCUCCAACUUCGUCACAUGAUGAUAAACGUGUCACAUUUAAACGUCGAGAUGAUAAACAAACAGUAAUCGAACAACAUAAUUCACCAUCGAAUAAGUUAUGUGAUGUACGUCGUACACAAUACGAUAGAAACGACUCAGGACUAGGAACGAGUAGUGUCGAAAGACAAAUUGAUACUGAGAAUAAAAUUUUAUCUGAUGUUGAACAAUCAUCUCAUCGACAGCAGCAACGAUCAUCAUCCACUGCAUCUUCACUAUCCGCUUCUUCCUCAUCUAUUUCUUCAAAAACCAGUAAUACUAACAAUGUAACAACUACAUCGUCAUCUUCAUCCAAUCGUUUACCGACAAGUAGACGUUUCAGAGUGAAAUGGCAUUCAUUUACGAAAUCACAUCGACCGAGUUUUAAUUCUUCUAAAUAUCAUGUAUCUUCAAUGUCUGUUGGACAAUUAUUCGCAUUACGUCGUGCAGCAUCAAUACGAAUACAAGAAUUACUUGACCGAAGACACAUUUCAACAUCAAAUAAUACUUUAGAUUCUUUGACGGUGAAUGUUAAUUACACCAGCAACAAUAAUAUACCAGUAGUUGCAUCACCACGUACUAUCACGCCAUUUUGGAGUCACGUACCGAAACUCAUCAUACGAAGGCACAGAAAGGAGAAUCAUCACAAUACUAAGGAAAUCAAAAAAUCUGUAUUUGGUGUAUCACUCAUGUCAAUGACACAAAAAACUGGUCAUCCUGUACCAACCACAAUAUUAUCGGCAAUGAAAUAUCUUCGUCGUACAUCAAUUGAUUCUGUUGGAAUAUUUCGAAAACCUGGUGUGUCAAAUAGGAUAAAACGUUUACACGAGUUAAUUGAAUCAGAUUUAGAAUUCCAUAAUUUUGAUGAUUAUUCACCAUAUGAUGUUGCUGAUGUCAUUAAACAAUAUUUUCGGUGUUUACCAGAAAAUUUAUUUACAACAAAAUUAUCGUCUGUCUUUUUAAAUAUAAGUGAACAUUUUUCAUCACCAUUACCAAUCGAAUCAACAACAAUUAAAAUUAAUAAUGAAAAACGUUUACGAACAUUGCAGUACGCCAUAUUAUUGCUACCAGAUGAACAUCGACUUGUUUUGCAUUUACUUUUGUCUUUCUUAAAUGAUGUAUCAAAACAUUCAAAAACAAAUCAAAUGAGUGCAAUAAAUUUAGCUACAUGUUUUGCUCCAACAUUAUUUUCAUUUCGUCAGUAUAAUCAAACUGAUAUAAUGUCUCCUCGAGCAAUAAGAAAACUAAAUAAUAAUACGUCAUCAGUAAUUCACAAUGGUCUGUCCAUAGCAGCUACGCCUAUUCUUGGUAUGCCCGACUAUCGAGAAAUACAUGAACAACGUAAAGCAAUGGAAAUUCUAUCUUGUAUGAUUGAAAAUGUUCGACUAUUAUUCCUUGUACCAGACGAACUACAUAAGAGCUGUCAAUUUUCUUACAUAGAAAUCGGCGAACCAUGUACACUAGAUGAAUUAUCUCGGCGUGUAACAGAAAAUGCAAAUUCAUCAUCGGUACUUUCUCAAUCAACAAAUCAAACUACACAAAAAUAUCGUCGCUGUUCAUCAAGUAACCUGGUGUAUAAACGCAGUACAACUCAACAACGUGCAGCAACUCAAGCUACGACCUAUGUGUCCGCUAGCUCAUCCAUUGGAUCUCUUAGUUCAUCAGCGUCUGCUUCAUCAUCUUGUGAAAAUAUGAUUUCAUCAGACAAUAGCAAGAGUAACAAAACUAAUAAUAAUAAUAAUAACCGACAAGCUUACAUAAAAGCGUCAUCAUCAUCUCGAUUAUUUUCUCAACAAACAUCUUCUUCAGGCUGUUCAUCUUCAUCAUUCUCUCAAAAAUCCAAUUAUAAGGCAUUUAUUGACCGUUGUAUUGAUGAAAUAAUGCGUGAAUCGUGUCAUACAAAAGUGAAAGGUUGGCAGUCAUUUGGAAAAAAUAACGAAAUAGAAUUAGCCUACAAAAAAUUAGAUGACGGUUGUCCAUUAAGUUUAUGGAAAUGCACGACGACUGUUGAAGCACCGCCUCUCGAUAUCCUAAAUCGUCUUUUAUAUGAACGAAACUUGUGGGAUGCAGAUUUUCAGAAUGGUACUAUUAUUGAAUUAUUAAAUAAACAAACACAUGUCUAUCAAUAUAUCGUUAAUGAAUUAGCACCUUUAGUAUCACGAUAUUUUGUCGAAAUCAGAUCAUGGAGAACAAAUAUUCAAAUGAAUAAUGGACAACAAUCAACAACUAUAUUAAAUCAAUCGUCGACACAAUCGUUAACUGUGGGCUCAUCGUCGUCAGCAUCCAGUAGUGCGAUUCAAUCAUUCACACAACAGCAACAACAACAAAAGCGUGAUAGUUGCGUACUUGUUUGUACAUCCAUUGAACAUUCAAAAGCUCAUUGUCCACCAACCUUAGUUCGUGCUGUUACAUUGGCAUCUCGUUAUUUAAUACAAUCUUAUGGAUGUGGAAAAUCGAAAAUAACCCAUUUAAGCCGUGUUGAUCUCAUGGGCCGUUCAACUGAAUGGUAUCAAAAAGCAUAUGGAUCUAUUUUAAUACGAUAUAUGAAUAAAAUAAAAGAAUCAUUUGCUCAUUCAUCCACAAAUUCUGAUGGUCCUGAAACAAAAGUUUAA